AUGGCGCUCGCACCCAAGUUCAAGGGCCACAGGCUGCUCUUCUCCAAAGAGGCUUCAGCAGCGAGCUUCCAGGAGCCCCUGCACACCAUCGAGGUGUUCCUCGACUACGUCUGUCCCUUCUCAGCAAAGUUCUUCAAGACGCUCUACUCGGACGUCGUCCCGCGCGUCCGCGCCAGCCCGGGCCUCGCCACCAAGCUGCAGGUCAUCUUCCGGCAGCAGAUCCAGCCGUGGCACCCGUCGUCGACGCUCGUGCACGAGGCCGGGCUCGCCGUCGCGCGCCUCGCGCCGGACCGCUUCUACGGCUUCUCCGAGGCGCUCUUCCGCGCGCAGACCGACUACUUUGACGCCAGCGUCGCCAACGAGAAGCGCAACGACACCUACCGCCGCCUCGCCCGGCUGGCGGCCGGCAGCGCCGGGGUCGACGAGGCCGCCGUCUACGACCUGCUGGCCGUGUCGGACAAGCCGGGCCCGGACGGCGGCCUCAACAGCGGCAACAAGGUCACCGACGACCUCAAGGUGCUGGUCAAGACGGCCAGGCUGGUCGGCGUGCACGUCACCCCGACCGUCAUCUUUGAUGGCGUUGUCACCAACAUCGACUCGAGCUGGACAGCGGAUCAGUGGCUGGAGUGGCUAGAGAAGAAUGUCGCUUAG